GGUAUAAGUACCUGUCAGCGGAUAAACUUGAGUUUUCAGUUCAAUCUGGACGUCCAGUUUUCGAUGCCUUUUUUCAACAUUUGUGGCCUAAUCAGCGUUUGUGGCUUAAUCGAAUAGACCAAUGACUUUACAUAACUCCACAAGUAGUCUAGCGGUGUUAAAUCACAAAAUCUUGGAGGCCAAUUCACAGUCCAAAACGUGAAAUUAGGCGGUUACCAAACGUAUCUAUUAAUAAAUAGAUUGUUGGAAGUACAGCUCCUGGAAAUCAUGGCUGUUCAAUUCAGGAAUAAAAAAGUUAUUAAUCAUGGCUCUAUACCGAUCACCAUUGACGGUAACGUUCUGACCAUCAUCGUUUUAAAAAGAAGUACACCAAUGAUUCCACCAGCCCAUGAAGCGCACCAAACAGACAAUUUUUCUAGAUGUAUCGAAAUAAACCUUUUUGGGUCAAACACGGAUUUCACACCUUCUGACUCGGAAGCAGAAAUUAAUGGGUGGACUAUAAUAAACGAAGAGGUGGAUAUGGUAACUCCAAUGAUUAUAUCACAUCUCAAAAAACUUGGAAUCGAACAUUUACAGCUACCUGAUAUGAAGGAAAGCAUUUGCCUAAAACCCCUCUUCAUAACAUAUGAGGCCGGCCUUUACCUAACCAAUGGAAUAGUAUAUAAUCUUUUUGGUAUAUUUCGACAUGGGAAUGCAUAUAUGACUUAUCAAGGAAAAGCUUUUGUGAGCCGAUUUUAUAUAAAAAUAAAUAACUUACAGUUUGAAUACAACUUUUUGCUAAAAGUUAUGGCAGCGGAAGGACUAGGAAGAGUUAUUGGAUCAUUGGAGAAUACCAUCAUCUACGCAGAUUUAUCUGUAAAUAUUGCCAACUUUAAAUUUCAUUUAAAUGAUUUCCGAAUAAUAAGAUUCAGUAAUAUUCAAGUGGAAUUGGACCUUGCGCAACCAUUUAAACAACUGACUGGCAUUAUUUUAAGUCCAAUAACAAGUUUGUUUAAGAACCGCAUUACUACAUCAAUAGCCGAUGGUUUAAAGGCACAAAUGCAAACAGUUAUGGAUGAUUUCAAUAAAGAGGACCCUCUACAAUUGCGCGAGUUUACUCGAACACUAGUUUCGGCAAUAACAGGGAAUGUUACAAAUGGUGGUAAUUAAGAAAAAUGCAUAUAUAUGAAAUUUUUUUACAAGUUUUGCAAUUUAAAAUAAUUCUUAUUUAAUUUAGGGACAAUAAAUAUAUAUCUUUUUUUUAUAAAUGCAUGUGGUAAUGAAUACAUGUGAAAAGUCAA